AUGUUGCAGAAAUCAGUUUAUGGAAGUAUAGCAACGACAUAUGCACACGGAAAGAAUAAGAAAUUGGACAUUGUAAGGCUCGACUUGAAUGGAUGGAUGAACAUUGACCUGAUGAUUUGUUCUGAAAAUUAUGUCCUGCACUACUCAUUCUUAUUCUCAUUAUGAUCAACUGAACUGCUUAUCGAGAAGUGGGAUGUGGACAAAUACGAAAUGG